UACACAUCACCACCGCUCCUCUCCACCCCCAAUCAAUCAAUUAGAGUUUAACCAAUUCCAAAAUGUCCUCCUCCCCAAAACCCUAGCCCUAUAAUUCUCCCCUCAAUACUACUCUUAAUCAACGCUCAUGGUCGGUACUAGUACCAACCCCGACGAGUCAACCGCCCAGACUUCGGCGGCGGGGGGUUCGGAUUCGGCUCCGGCGCCGACGCCGUUACUGAACUCGAACGCGCCGCCGCCGUUCUUGAGCAAGACGUAUGACAUGGUGGACGACCCGGCGACCGACCCGAUUGUGUCGUGGAGCCCCACCAACAACAGCUUCGUGGUUUGGAACCCGCCGGAGUUCGCCCGGGACCUCUUGCCUAAGUACUUCAAGCACAAUAACUUCUCCAGUUUCGUCAGGCAGCUCAACACUUAUGGAUUCAGGAAAGUUGAUCCUGACCGCUGGGAAUUUGCAAAUGAGGGCUUUCUGAGGGGUCAAAAGCAUCUUCUAAAGAGUAUCAACCGGCGAAAACCUGCACAUGGACAUAGUCUUCAACAGCCACAGCAACCAUCACAUGGACAGAAUUCAGUAGCUGCAUGUGUAGAGGUAGGAAAGUUUGGUCUCGAGGAAGAGGUUGAGAUGCUUAAGAGGGACAAGAAUGUGCUUAUGCAGGAACUUAUCAGGUUGAGGCAGCAGCAACAGUCUACUGAUAAUCAGCUGCAAACAAUGGUCCAACGUCUUCAAGGUAUGGAGCAGCGGCAGCAACAGAUGAUGUCAUUCCUUGCAAAGGCUGUGCAGAGCCCUGGUUUCUUGAAUCAGUUUGUGCAACAGCAAAAUGAGAGCAACAGGCGCAUAACUGAAGUCAAUAAGAAACGGAGACUCAGGCAGGAAGGAAUUGCUGAAAAUGAGCGUUCUGAUACUCCUGAUGGACAGAUAGUUAAGUACCAGCCUCCGAUGAAUGAAGCGGCUAAGGCAAUGCUCAGGAAGAUUAUGAAAACAAAUACUUCUUCCCAGCUGGAUUCUUUUAGCAACCAUCUUGAGAAUUUUUUGUUAGGUGAGGGUACAUCAUCAUCCAGUGCAGUAGAGAGUGGGAGCUCUUCAAGUCAUGCGUCUGGAGCUACACUUCAAGAGGUCCCGCCUACUUCAGGGCAUGGGCCGUUUCCUGCGAUUUCAGAAAUAGAAUCUUCUCUUAAGGCUACAAACUCUGGAGAAGUUAUGAGAGAUCCAUUCUUGGAUAUGAAUGUCCUCAUUGGAGCACAAGAGGCACCGGCAGUUCCUAUUUCUCAGGAAGUAGUCCCUGAGGUUUCUCAGGUACAAGGUAUGGCAAAUGGAGGUGUAAUUGGUAUUCCUGAAGGAAAUGCAACACCUGAGGCAGGUGUUGGACUUAUUCAAGACAUGGCCCCUGAAGCUGGUGAUGGAUUUAUUGACUCACCAUUUGAUUUUAUGUCCCUAGAUGUUGAUAGUAUUCCCCAUGAUGACCUUGAUGCAUUGAACUUGUGGGAUCUUCUUGAACAAAGUCCUGUGCCUGACGAAAUGGAUUCAACCUCUGCAGAAGCCAUACCUGUGGGAAAUGAAGUGCAGCUGACAGAGAAUGGAUGUGAUAAAACCCAGAACAUGGAUAGGCUUACUGAACAAAUGGGAAAUCUAAAAUCAAAUACUAAAGGGGUUUGAUCGUGUUUACUAAUGUACAUUAGGUACAGACAUCGUCCGAGGUAAACCCCCCAGACACAUACUAAGUAGAUCAUAUCAAUCACUUGGUCCCUCUUAUAUGGUCAUUGGAAAAGCAGCUUUGCCUUCUGUAUCAUUUCAUCCUGGCUUUAUUUUGCACAUAUGGGACAUGUUUUUGUUGUCAUUUCCCCUAGUCUCCUUAGUCUUCUUUAGUAGUCAGUGUUGAAUGAAGGCAGUGGACAUAGUUGUUUUAGAGGCUAAAACUUUUGAUCUUUGAUCUUUGUUGUACAGGUUGAUGUCCGGCUCUAGGUAGAGUCAGACACAGCCUUUGUUUCAAAGUAAUUGCUCCCAAGGGAGGCUUGUUUCUUGAACCAGUUCAUGGUUGUUGCUUCGUUUGACGUUGGUUGUACUAACAUCCUUGUUAUCACAUCCUUUGCUCUUGAAAUCAUAGCACUAAUAUCUGC